AUGGCGUCCAAAUUGGCAACUGUUUUCUUCCUUCUUUCCGUUUGUAGCGUAAUCCACGCCAAGCACAUCCUUGGUGGUCAAUCAUGUACUUGGGGCCCAUCUUAUUGGUGCCAAUCGGCCAAGACAGCGGUCGAAUGUGAUGCCUUAGAUCACUGUAUGAAGAAUGUUUGGAGUAAGAAAUUGAAAAGUAAUGGUAUAGAAUGUGAUCUAUGCGAAAGUGCCGUGUCAAAUUUUAUUAAGCAUGCCAACUCCAGUGGAGCUCAGAAAGAAAUUGCUCAGCUUCUCAAUGGUCUUUGUACCGCCAUCGGUGGCGAGGCUGAAAAAGGGUGCAAGACUUUUGCUACAAAGUAUGUACCCCCUUUUAUCCAAUACGCACUGAAAAUGCUUAAACCAAAGCAACUGUGUACGUUAGUCAAUUUAUGCUCCGCUAGCAGUAGUGAGGGUCUAAUCAAUCUGCAGAACUUAUUAGCUCCUGGUGCCAUCAGAAACAUCUUAACCUCUGGUAAAAUUGAGAGUAUUUUAGCUCCGGGUGCUGUGAGAAACGUAAAAACUUCACCUGGCAUUGAAAGCAUUUUAGCUCCUGGUGCAGCGAGAAACGUAAAAAAACAACCUAGCAUAGAAAGCAUUUUAGCCCCUGGUGCUCAGAGAAACGUAAAAGUUCCAGCUAGCAUUGAAAACAUUUUAGCGCCUGGUGCUGUGAGAAAUGUCAAACUUCCAGCAAAGACACAAGCUGCCAGUUCCGAUUCAUUAGAAUGCAUUGCUUGCUCCGUUAUCGUUAGUGAACUCGACUCUGCUUUGGGCAAUAAAAACACCGAGAAUAAGAUUAUCUCAUAUGCGGAUAGCUUAUGUAAAUAUCUUCCUGGUGAUCUUAGUACAGAGUGUCAAAGCUAUAUCAAUCAGUUUGGACCACCAAUCUUGCAAGCUUUGUUGCAAUAUUUGCCAGCGGAUCAAGUCUGCGCUUACUACUUAAAGCUUUGCCCAAAAUCUGUACUUACUAAUGAUGACGUUCGUGUCCCAGCCCCUACACAACUUGUAUCCGGCCUAUGUGUUUUCUGUGAAACUGGAGUUACAUAUAUUGAAGGCCUGCUCAAGAUUAACAAAACUGAGACUGAAAUCUACGACGCUUUAGUUAACUUGUGCACCGUUGUACCUACUGGAGUAUUACGAACUGAUUGCGACAAUUUCGUCGAAAAAUACGCAAAAGCUGCUAUCAAAUUGGUCAACUCAGACAUUGCCCCAUCUAGCGUUUGCAAGUUGCUUGGUAUUUGUAACAGCUCUGAAAUGGCAACCAAAAAAUUAAAUGUAUGUCGCAUGGGUCCUAAAUUUUGGUGCGGAACCAAAACUGCGGCAGUUUAUUGCAAGAAACAACGUCAAUGCGCAUCAACAACAUUAACUGCCAGUACGUCCGUGCAUACCGCUUUCGAGGCCACCGAAGUGUGUAGUUUCUGUGAAACUAUUGUAGACUAUGUCGAGGGCCUUAUCAAAAUUAAUCAAACAGAGAAUACGAUCUACAACGAUUUGGCCACUUUGUGCUAUAUCUUUCCAUCUGGAAGCAUGAGAACUGAUUGUGUCAGUUUUGUGGAUAAAUACACAAAGUCUGUUUUCCAAUUGGUUAACUCUUCCGUUAAGCCUUCCAGCGUAUGCAAGCUGCUUGGAGCUUGUAGUAGUAGCCAGGUUGCUGUACGAAAAAUGAAUUUGUGUCUUCUCGGCUCCGAAUUCUGGUGUCGUAAUAAAGUGGCUGCGAGUCAAUGCAAGAGACGAAGUUAUUGCCGCCUAUAAUGCUUUGGAUCAGGUUGUAAUUAGCAAUGAAUAAUUCGCUAAUUUAGGACUUACUCAGUAACUUAGAAAACUAAUGAUAAGCUAAUAUCUAAGUUAAUAACUGAUAUACUCAUUUGAAGAAUUUUGAAUUAUAGUUUACUACAGUUGCAUAGCUGAUAAAUAGGUCAAUGUUAGGAUUUAUUGAUUUGAAUCUGUUAUUCUGUUAUUGACAUAAAUAUGAUGAUAGUCGACUUUUGCACUAAUCUAGAUAAUGCAUAGACAUGAAGAUGGCGUAGUUAUGACUUGUUUUGACUACUAUUUCGAAAUAUCGGUUAGCGUGUCAUGGACUAGCGUUAGGUUUUUGAAAGUAUAUUGUAGACACGCAAAGCAAUAAAUUUU